AUGCUGCUGGCAGCGCUUCUCCUGCUCGCUCUGCUGCUGCUCCUUUGGGCCAAAAUGUCCAACUCUCGGUGCGAGCAGCAGAAGGAGCCGGAGGAGAGCCCCGCAGCCAGGCCGAGCCCCCCGGUCCAGCAGAGCCUCCCGGGCCGGCAGAGCCCCCCGGGCCGGCAGCCGCCGCCGCGGGCCGGGCGGGCGGGCUCGGAGCAGGAGCAGCUCGCCGUGUACAACCCCGCGGCGCUGCGCCGCCCGGCCCUCGCCAAGUUCGUGCUGGGCUCCUUCGACGACAACUCCUCCGAUGAUGAGCUGAUGGCCACGGCCUUCAGGGUGGGCCGGCGGCGCAGCAGCCUGGCCGGGGUGGCCGGUACCGUCCCCGAGCCAACCACCGUGAGCGACAUUCUGGAGCCCAGCGGCGGCAUCAGGCCCAGCAUGUCGGGGCUGAGCCUGACGAAGAGGACCCGCAGGAAAAUGGACCUGCAGCGGGAUUUUUCUGUUGCCUCCCCAGCCGAAUUCGUCACCCGCUUUGGGGGCAACCGUGUCAUCGAGAAGGUCCUCAUUGCCAACAAUGGCAUCGCUGCUGUGAAGUGCAUGCGCUCCAUCCGCCGCUGGGCCUACGAGAUGUUCCGCAACGAGCGCGCCAUUCGCUUCGUGGUCAUGGUCACCCCCGAGGACCUCAAGGCUAACGCAGAGUACAUCAAGAUGGCAGAUCACUACGUGCCAGUCCCUGGAGGGACGAACAACAACAACUACGCCAACGUGGAGCUGAUUGUGGACAUUUCCAAACGGAUCCCAGUCCAGGCGGUGUGGGCUGGCUGGGGACACGCCUCGGAGAACCACAAGCUGCCAGAGCUGCUGCAGAAAAACGGGAUAGCUUUCCUAGGUCCCCCCAGUGAUGCCAUGUGGGCACUGGGGGACAAAGUUGCCUCCACCAUCGUGGCUCAGACCCUGGAGAUCCCCACCCUGCCGUGGAGUGGGAGUGGUCUGGUGGCUCAGUGGUCUGAGGAGGACCAGAAUCAGCAGCAGACCAUCAGCAUCCCCCUGGAGACGUAUGCACAGGGCUGUGUGAAGGACGUGGAGGAAGGCCUGGAGGUGGCCACGAGGAUCGGCUACCCCCUGAUGAUCAAGGCAGCAGAAGGCGGCGGGGGCAAAGGCAUCCGGAAAGUGGAGGCAGCAGAGGAAUUCAGUGCCAGUUUCCGGCAGGUGCAGGCGGAGGCGCCCGGAUCCCCCAUUUUCCUGAUGCAGCUGGCGCAGCACGCUCGGCACCUGGAGGUGCAGGUCCUGGCAGAUGAGUACGGCAACGCCAUCUCCCUCUUCAGCCGCGACUGCUCCAUCCAGCGCCGCCACCAGAAGAUCAUUGAGGAGGCACCCGCCACCAUCGCUGCCCCCGCUGUCACCGAGAUGAUGGAGAAGUGCGCUGUCCGCCUGGCGCAGAUGGUUGGGUACGUCAGUGCGGGCACCGUGGAGUAUCUGUACGGGGAGGACGGCAGCUUCCACUUCCUGGAGCUGAACCCCCGGCUGCAGGUGGAGCACCCGUGCACGGAGAUGGUGGCGGACGUGAACCUCCCGGCUGCCCAGCUGCAGAUUGCAAUGGGCAUCCCCUUGCACAGGAUAAAAGACAUCCGGGUGCUGUAUGGGGAGAGCCCCUGGGGGGACACCCCCAUCUCCUUCCACAGCCCCUCCAACCCCCCCGUGCCCAGGGGCCACGUCAUUGCUGCCCGGAUCACCAGCGAGAACCCCGAGGAGGGUUUCAAGCCCAGCUCGGGGACGGUGCAGGAGCUGAACUUCCGCAGCAGCAAGAACGUCUGGGGCUACUUCAGCGUGGCAGCAGCUGGGGGGCUGCACGAGUUUGCUGAUUCCCAGUUUGGACACUGCUUCUCAUGGGGAGAGAACCGGGAGGAGGCCACCUCGAACAUGGUGGUGGCCCUGAAGGAGCUGUCUAUCCGUGGGGAUUUCCGGACCACGGUGGAGUACCUGAUCAAGCUGCUGGAGACAGAGAGCUUCCAGAACAACGAGAUCCACACGGGCUGGCUGGACCACCUGAUUGCUGAGAAAGUGCAGGCAGAGAAGCCAGACACGAUGCUGGGGGUUGUCUGUGGUGCCCUGAAUGUGGCAGAUGCUGCUUUCAGAACGUGCAUGAGUGACUUCCUGCACACCCUGGAGAGGGGCCAGGUGCUGCCAGCAGCCUCUCUGCUGAACAUUGUCGAUGUGGAGCUCCUCUAUGAGGGUGUGAAGUACAUUCUGCAGGUGGCCCGCCAGUCGCUGAGCACCUACGUGGUCAUCAUGAACCGCACGCACAUUGAGAUCGACGUGCACCGCCUCAACGACGGGGGGCUGCUGCUCUCCUACGAUGGCUGCAGCUACACCACCUACAUGAAAGAGGAGAUCGACAGGUACCGGAUCACCAUCGGCAACAAAACGUGCACCUUCGAGAAGGAGAAGGACCCGACGGUGCUGCGCUCUCCGUGCGCGGGGAAGCUGCUGCAGUACAUGGUGGAGGACGGCGGCCACGUGGAUGAGGGGAAGGUUUAUGCAGAGAUCGAGGUGAUGAAGAUCAUCAUGACGCUGACGGUGGAGGAGGCAGGGAAGCUGAACUACGUCAAGCGGCCGGGAACGCUGCUGGAGGCUGGCUGUCUCAUUGCCCGCCUCCAGCUCGAUGAUCCCUCCAAAGUGAAGCCUGCAAAUCCAUUCACAGGGGGACUCCCAGCCCAGCAGACCCUCCCCAUCACUGGUGAGAAGCAGCACCAGGUUCUGCGCAACGUUCUGGACAACCUGACCAACGUCAUGAACGGCUACUGCCUGCCUGAGCCCUACUUCACGACCAAGGUGAAGGAGUGGGUGGCACAGCUGAUGAAGACCCUGCGGGACCCUGCCCUGCCCCUGCUGGAGCUGCAGGAGAUCAUGACGAGCAUUUCGGGACGGAUCCCACUGGCUGUGGAGAAGUCCAUCCGGAAGGUGAUGGCGCAGUACGCCAGCAACAUCACCUCCGUGCUCUGCCGCUUCCCCAGCCAGCAGAUCGCCAACGUGCUGGACACCCAUGCAGCCACGCUGCAGAGGAAGGCUGAGCGGGAGGUCUUCUUCAUGAACACCCAGAGCCUGGUGCAGCUGGUGCAGAGGUAUCGCAGCGGCAUCCGGGGCUACAUGAAGGCAGUGGUGCUGGACCUGCUCAGGCGCUACCUGCAAGUGGAGACACAGUUCCAGCAUGCUCACUAUGACAAGUGUGUCAUCAGCCUGCGGGAGCAGUGCAAACCCAACAUGACCCCCGUGGUGGAGAGCAUCUUCUCCCAUGCCCAGGUGGCCAAGAAGAACCAGCUGGUGAUCAUGUUAAUUGACCAGCUGUGUGGCCGUGACCCCACACUGACAGAUGAGCUGACAACCAUCCUCCAUGAGCUGACACAGCUCAGCAAGACCGAGCACUCCAAAGUGGCACUGAGAGCCCGGCAGGUGCUCAUUGCCUCUCACAUGCCCUCCUACGAGCUGCGGCACAACCAGGUUGAGUCCAUCUUCAUCUCUGCUAUCGACAUGUACGGACAUGAGUACUGCCCUGAGAACCUGAAGAAACUGAUCCUGUCAGAAACCUCCAUCUUUGAUGUGCUCCCCGUGUUCUUCUACCACACCAACAGGGUGGUGCGCAUGGCAGCGCUAGAGGUGUACGUGCGGCGGGGGUACAUCGCCUAUGAGCUGCACAGCCUGCAGCACCAGCAGCUCUCUGAUGGCACCUGCCUCGUGGAGUUCCAGUUCAUGCUGCCCUGCUCCCACCCCAAUAGGUACAGGGAGCUGACACUUGCUCCCCAUGGCAGGAUAUCCAUCCCUGUCAGCAUCACCAACCCUGACCUGGCCCGGCACAGCACUGAGCUCUUCAUGGACAGCGGCUUCUGCCCCGGGAGCCAGAGGAUGGGAGUCAUGGUGGCCUUCCGCAGAUUUGAGGACUUCAAAAGGAACUUUGAUGAAGUGAUCUGGUGCUUCUCCAACUCGUCGGACAGUGGGCUCCUCAGUGAUGCACAGGCCACCACCUACGAUGAGGAGGACACCAAGAACAUCCAUGAGGAGCCAAUCCACAUCCUCAACAUCGCGCUCUGCUCAGCUGACCACGCGGAAGAUGAGAAGCUGGUGCCCAUCUUCAGAGCCUUUGCCCAGUCCAAGAAAAAGAUCCUCGUUGAACAUGGUCUCCGGAGAAUCACGUUCCUCAUUGCCCAGCAGAGAGAAUUCCCAAAGUUCUUCACGUUCAGAGCCAGGGACGAGUUCGCAGAGGAUCGGAUCUACCGGCACCUGGAGCCGGCGCUCGCCUUCCAGCUGGAGCUGAGCCGCAUGCGCAACUUCGACCUGACGGCCAUCCCCUGUGCCAACCACAAGAUGCACCUGUACCUGGGGGCUGCCAAGGUUCAGGCGGGCACCGAGGCCACCGACUACCGCUUCUUCAUCCGCGCCAUCGUGCGCCACUCCGACCUCAUCACCAAGGAGGCUUCCUUCGAGUACCUGCAGAACGAGGGCGAGCGGCUGCUCCUGGAGGCCAUGGAUGAGCUGGAGGUGGCUUUCAACAACACCAUUGUGCGCACCGACUGUAACCACAUCUUCCUCAACUUCGUGCCCACCGUCAUCAUGGACCCGUCCAAGAUCGAGGAGUCAGUGCGCUCCAUGGUGAUGCGCUACGGCAGCCGCCUCUGGAAGCUGCGUGUGCUGCAGGCUGAGGUGAAGAUCAACAUCCGCCUGACGCCCACUGCCACCGCCAUCCCCAUCCGCCUCUUCCUCACAAACGAGUCCGGAUAUUACCUGGACAUCAGCCUCUACAAGGAAGUGAGGGACCCCGGCACUGGCAGCAUCAUGUUCCAGUCGUAUGGGGACAAGCACGGGCCACAGCAUGGGAUGCUCAUCAACACCCCCUAUGUCACCAAGGACCUGCUUCAGGCCAAGCGCUUCCAGGCACAGUCCUUGGGCACCACCUACGUGUAUGACUUCCCAGAGAUGAUCAGGCAGGCUCUCUUCAAGCUGUGGGGCUCCUCGGACCUGUAUCCCAAGGACAUCAUGACCUACACUGAGCUGGUCCUGGACUCUCAGGGGCACCUCGUGCAGAUGAACAGGGUUCCUGGAGGGAACGAGGUGGGGAUGGUUGCUUUCAAAAUGAAGCUGAAGACCCCUGAGUACCCCAAAGGCCGGGACAUUGUGCUCAUCUGCAACGACAUCACACACAAGAUUGGCUCCUUUGGGCCUGAGGAGGACCUGGUGUUCCUGAGGGCCUCAGAACUGGCACGGGCUGAGGGCAUCCCGCGCAUCUACAUCGCCGCCAACAGCGGUGCCCGCAUCGGCUUCGCUGAGGAGAUCAAACACAUGUUCCAGGUGGCCUGGGUGGACCCAGCUGAGCCCUUCAAGGGGUUCAGGUACCUGUACCUGACUCCCCAGGACUACACGAGGAUCAGCGCCAUGAACUCGGUGCGCUGUGAGCACGUGGAGGAAGGUGGAGAGUCCAGGUAUGUCCUGCUGGACAUCAUUGGGAAGGACAAUGGAUUUGGGGUGGAAAACCUGAGAGCUGCUGGUACCAUAGCUGGGGAGUCCUCCCGUGCCUAUGACGAAAUAGUGACCAUCAGCAUGGUGACUUGUCGUGCCAUCGGCAUCGGUGCCUACCUGGUGAGGCUGGGCCAGCGUGUCAUCCAGGUGGAGAACUCCCACAUCAUCCUCACAGGUGUCACAGCUCUCAACAAGGUGCUGGGACGGGAGGUUUACACAUCCAACAACCAGCUGGGAGGAGUGCAGAUCAUGCACAACAACGGUGUUUCUCAUGUCACUGUCCCAGAUGACUUUGAGGGGGUCUACACCAUCCUGCAGUGGCUCUCAUACAUACCCAAGGAUAACCAGAGCCCAGUGCCUGUCACUGCCAUAGUUGACCCUGUUGAAAGAGAAAUUGGUUUUGUCCCUUCCAAAGUCCCCUAUGACCCCAGGUGGAUGCUGGCAGGGAGACCCCAUCCAACUCUCAAAGGGACCUGGCAGAGUGGCUUCUUCGACCAGGGCAGCUUCAUGGAGAUCAUGAAGCCGUGGGCUCAGACCGUGGUGGUUGGCAGAGCAAGGCUGGGAGGUCUCCCUGUGGGUGUCAUCGCUGUUGAGACCCGCACCGUGGAAGUGACAAUACCUGCUGACCCUGCCAACCUGGACUCAGAGGCAAAGAUAAUCCAGCAGGCUGGACAGGUCUGGUUCCCAGACUCUGCUUUUAAAACAGCCCAGGCCAUUCAGGACUUCAACCGGGAGCACCUCCCACUGAUGAUCUUUGCCAACUGGAGAGGCUUCUCCAGCGGCAUGAAAGACAUGUACGACCAGAUGCUGAAGUUUGGCGCCUUCAUCGUGGACAGCCUGCGGGACUUCAAGCAGCCGGUGCUGGUGUACAUCCCCCCUCACGCCGAGCUGCGCGGUGGCUCCUGGGUGGUCAUUGACUCCACCAUCAACCCCCUGCACGUGGAGCUCUACGCUGACAAGGAGAGCAGGUCGGUCCUUGCUUUACCAAACUUCCCUUCCAGGGGAGGCAUUUUGGAGCCUGGAGGAACAGUGGAGAUCAAGUUCAGAAAGAAGGAUUUGGUGAAGACCAUGAGAAGGAUUGAUACAGUUUAUGCCGAGCUUGUUGAACAGAUGGGCUCCCCCGAGCUGUCGGAGGCGCAGCGCAAGCAGCUGGAGCAGCAGCUGAAGGCGCGGGAGGAGCUGCUGCUGCCCGUGUACCACCAGGUGGCCGUGCGCUUCGCAGACCUGCACGACACCCCGGGCCGCAUGCAGGAGAAAGGGGUCAUCACGGACAUCCUGGAGUGGAAGAGCGCCCGCUCCUUCCUCUACUGGCGGCUGCGGCGGCUGCUGCUGGAGGAGAUGGUGAAGGGGGAGGUGCUGAAGGCCAACAGCGAGCUCACCCACAUCCACAUCCAGUCCAUGCUGCGGCGCUGGUUCAUGGAGACAGAAGGAGCUGAGAAGGGCUACCUCUGGGACAACAACCAGGUGGUGGUGGAGUGGCUGGAGAAGCACAUGCAGGAGGAGGAUGGCACCCAGUCAGCCAUCAGGCAGAACAUCAAGUACCUGAAGCGGGAUUACAUCCUCAAGCACAUCCGGAGCUUGCUCCAGGCCAACCCCGAGCUGACCAUGGACUGCAUCGUGCAGAUGGCUCAGCACAUCACCGGCCCACAGAAGGCCCAGGUCGCCCAUCUCCUGUCCAGGGUGGACACUGAUGAUCCCUCCUGA